AUGGCUUUCAACGAAACGGAGAUAAAACCCAUCAAGAUUGAGGAAACUGAGGAUAGUGGUGUUUAUGACGUAAAUUCCUCUUUUGACUUGACUGCGUCAUUCAACUCUUCAGAAUCUCGACCCCGAAUGCCUGACGAAGUGCGGCUGCGCAUCAAUAAUCGAGAAAGACAACGGAUGCAUGAACUCAAUGAUGCUCUAGAUGCACUGAGGCAAGUAUUACCCCACUCUAAUGGACCAUCCAGGAAGAAACUAUCCAAGUUAUCUACCCUUGUACAGGCAAGGAGUCACAUCAUAUCGCUCUCACACUCCAUAGAAGAAAUGAAAAGCAUGGUCAGUUCCUUGUCAAAGAAAGAUCCACAAGGCGAUUUCUUCGAGUAUGAAAACAGGAGUGGAUUAAAGUAUUUAAACCGUUCGAGUGCUUUCGUUCCCGCAGGACCAAGGUACUCUCCAUAUACAUCGACACCCAUCAAAUCCGGGCUGGGAGAUUUCCGAACAUCAACAACACAGGGAUCAAAUGCUUCACCACUACUCUUAAAGUUACAAGACUCCGCAAUUAAGAGGAAAGAAAACAUGGACCCUUAUAAACUCAAAGAAAAUGCAAUUGAUUCGUUUGGUUUCGGGAGGCCAGAUUUCUUGAGUCUUCCGCUCAGCGACAGAACGAGUUCAUCUUUUUCUCAAUAUGUGACUGCACCUUUAGACCCGAUCAAAAGAGAUGCUCCGGAAUUCGUUACUACAGCUUCCGAUUUCUUAACUCCGACCAAAAACCAGAACUCAUCACCAUCAAAGCCUGUUCUCAAGUUCUCUGUUGAGUCAUUACUCGGAUUGUCAUCAAACAGAAUUGAAAAUCCCAGUGAUAAUUCUACCAUGGACGACAAAGAAAGCGAUUUAUAGUGCUUAUCAGUGUUUCAAUGUUGAUAACGAUUUGUUAAUGUACAAAA